UACCCUGCUAUGCCCGCGAGUCCUCCGAGGCUGCGCCGCGCCGAUAUUCGUGUUUCUCCCAAGAUGGUGGCGCUGGGUUCGGGGUGAGAGAGGCGCAAAGCGGGCCCUGCCCACCUCCCCGACCGACCGCCGCCCUCGCCAGCCCGGGCCGCCGCCCUCGCCUGCACCCGCCGCCCUCCGGACCCCGCCGAGGCCGCAGCCCCGUCCCCUCGCCGCAGACCGGCCCGGCACAGGCAGCGGCGCCGCCUCCCCCGCCCCGAGAGCAGCGCGGGCCCCGCAUGAGCCCGGGCGGCGGCGGCAGCAGCAGCAGCAGCAGCGAGAGCGUCAGGGCCGCGCCGGGGAGCAGGCCGCAGCGCGCAGGUCCAGAAACAGUGGAAAUCCAUUUCAUAAUUUGCAAGGACAAACUUCUGAAGCUGUGGAAAAAUAUGACAUGGAAGUAAUCAGCUGGGGUGGUCCAAGGGCGCUUUGGGCACGAGUAUUGCUGAGUUAUCAUUGGCUGCCACCUGCCUGACAGAGUAGAGGACCAACCCUACAAUUUAUGCCAGUGGAGACACAUCACAGGAAAAAAUUGACAGAGUUGUUAAGCCUAGGCUUAGUCCAACUUAAUGACUGGUGUGACAACCUGUUUUUAAUCAGUGACUCAAAACUGUGAUCACCCCGAUGUCACCGAAUGGCCACAACUUGUAAAAGGGAGUUACAGUGGAGGUAAAAGGAGUGGCUUGCAGAAUGGAGAAGUUGCUCCCAGUGUUGUUGGAAGUGAGCCAUCAUUUGAAUUUGCUAGCUCAUGCUGCAGUAUUCAGAUUAGUUGGUGUCUUGUGAUCACUGUUUCUGCAAUCUAAUACAAGAUUGAAAGUUAUCACCAGGAGAACCUCACUCUGAAAACAUUGAAACUAGCCGAAUGAAGCGAGCAGCUGCAAAACAUCUAAUAGAACGCUACUACCACCAGUUAACUGAGGGCUGUGGAAAUGAAGCCUGCACGAAUGAAUUUUGUGCUUCCUGUCCAACUUUUCGCCGUAUGGAUAACAAUGCAGCAGCCAUUAAGGCCCUCGAGCUUUAUAAGAUUAAUGCAAAACUCUGUGAUCCUCAUCCCUCCAAGAAAGGAACGAGCUCAGCUUACCUAGAAAACAAUUCCAAAGGUGCCCAUAACAACUCCUGUACUGACAGAAAAAUGAACAAGAAGGAAAUGCAAGGCCCGAGAGAUGACUUUAAAGAUGUGACCUACCUAACAGAAGAGAAGGUAGAUGAAAUUCUUGAACUGUGUAGAGAGAAAGAGGACUAUUCUCCUCUAAUCCGUGUCAUUGGGAGAGUGUUUUCUAGUGCUGAGGCGUUGGUACAAAGUUUCCGAAAGGCCAAGCAGCACACCAAGGAAGAGCUGAAGUCUCUUCAAGGAAAGGACGAAGAUAAGGAUGAAGAUGAAAAAGAAAAAGCUGCCUGUUCCGCUGCUGCGAUGGAGGAAGAUUCCGGAGCAUCGUCGUCCUCUUCAUCGAGAAUAGGUGACAACACACAAGGAGACAACAACCUACAAAAAUUAGGCCCUGAUGAAGUAUCUGUAGAUAUUGAAGCAGUCAGGCGGGUCUACAGUAGAUUGCUUUCAAAUGAAAAAAUAGAAACUGCCUUUUUAAAUGCACUCGUGUACUUGUCACCUAAUGUAGAAUGUGACUUGACUUACCAUAAUGUGUACUCUCGGGAUCCUAACUAUCUGAAUUUGUUUGUAAUUGUUAUGGAGAAUGGUAAUCUUCAUAGCCCUGAAUAUCUGGAAAUGGCUCUGCCAUUGUUUUGCAAAGCAAUGAGCAAGCUACCUCUAGCAGCUCAAGCAAAACUAGUCAGAUUGUGGUCUAAAUACAGUGCAGAGCAGAUUCGGAGAAUGAUGGAAACAUUUCAACAGCUUAUCACCUACAAAGUCAUAAGCAAUGAAUUCAACAGUCGCAAUCUAGUGAAUGAUGAUGAUGCCAUUGUUGCUGCUUCAAAGUGCUUGAAAAUGGUUUACUAUGCAAAUGUAGUCGGAGGGGAUGUGGACACAGACCACAAUGAAGAGGAAGAUGAAGAGCCCCUCCCAGAAUCCAGUGAAUUAACUCUUCAAGAGCUUCUGGGUGAGGAAAGAAGAAAUAAGAAAGGGCCUCGAGUGGACCCACUGGAAACUGAGCUUGGUGUAAAAACUAUAGAUUGCCGAAAACCACUUAUCCCUUUUGAAGAAUUUAUUAAUGAACCACUGAAUGAUGUUCUAGAAAUGGACAAAGACUACACUUUCUUCAAAGUAGAAACAGAAAAUAAAUUCUCUUUUAUGACAUGUCCCUUCAUAUUGAAUGCUGUUACCAAGAACCUGGGAUUGUAUUAUGACAAUAGAAUCCGCAUGUACAGUGAACGACGCAUAACUGUGCUCUACAGUUUAGUUCAAGGACAGCAGUUGAACCCAUAUUUGCGACUCAAAGUGAGGCGUGAUCACAUCAUAGAUGAUGCACUUGUCAGGCUAGAGAUGAUUGCCAUGGAAAAUCCUGCAGACUUGAAGAAGCAGUUGUACGUGGAAUUUGAAGGAGAGCAAGGGGUAGACGAAGGAGGUGUUUCCAAAGAGUUUUUUCAACUGGUUGUGGAGGAAAUUUUCAACCCUGAUAUUGGUAUGUUCACAUAUGAUGAGUCUACAAAACUAUUUUGGUUUAACCCAUCCUCUUUUGAAACUGAGGGUCAGUUUACACUGAUUGGCAUAGUACUGGGUCUGGCUAUUUACAAUAACUGUAUACUGGAUGUACAUUUUCCCAUGGUUGUCUACAGGAAGCUAAUGGGCAAAAAAGGAACUUUCCGUGAUCUGGCAGAUUCUCACCCUGUUCUUUAUCAGAGUUUAAGAGACUUGUUACAGUAUGAGGGAAGUGUGGAAGAUGAUAUGAUGAUAACUUUCCAAAUAUCUCAUACGGAUCUCUUCGGCAAUCCAAUGAUGCAUGAUUUAAAGGAAAAUGGAGAUAAAAUCCCUAUUACAAAUGAAAACAGAAAGGAAUUUGUCAAUCUGUACGCGGACUACAUUCUCAACAAAUCAGUAGAAAAGCAGUUCAAAGCCUUUCGGAGAGGAUUCCAUAUGGUGACCAAUGAGUCUCCACUGAAAUAUUUAUUUAGACCAGAGGAAAUUGAAUUACUUAUUUGUGGAAGUAGGAAUCUAGACUUUCAAGCACUAGAAGAAACUACAGAAUAUGAUGGUGGCUAUAGCAGAGACUCUCUUAUUAUUAGGGAAUUCUGGGAAAUAGUCCAUUCAUUUACAGAUGAGCAGAAAAGACUAUUUUUGCAGUUUACAACAGGCACGGACAGAGCACCUGUGGGAGGACUUGGAAAAUUAAAGAUGAUUAUAGCCAAAAAUGGCCCAGACACAGAGAGAUUACCGACAUCUCACACAUGCUUUAAUGUCCUUUUGCUUCCGGAAUACUCAAGCAAAGAAAAGCUUAAAGAGAGAUUGUUGAAGGCCAUCACAUAUGCCAAAGGAUUUGGCAUGCUGUAAUAAAUAAAUCAAUCUAACAAAAGGGAUUAAAAUUGGUGGUGGUGAUGUCCCUGUCCAAAAAAGGCCAUAAGAUAGUGAGCUACAGUAGUCACCUGUGUUUGUGCCUCCCUUCUUUACUGGGGACACUGGGCUGGAACAGCAGAUUUCAGCUGCUUAUAUGAACAAAUUCUUUAUUUUUUCUUUUAGCGUGAAAGUAUUACCUAUUCUUUCACUUGUAUGUACAGAGAGGUUUUCCUGAAUAUUUAUUUUAAGGGUUAAAUCACUUUUGCUUGUGUUUAUUACUGCUUGAAGUUGAGCCUUUUUGAGUAUUUACAAGAAAACAAACUGUACUCUCCCAAGGAAAAUAUUGCCAUCAUUUGUAGACCCUGUAACCUUCAAGUAUGUGCUAUAUUUUUGUCCCUGUAUCUAAUCAAAUCAGGAACUGUACUUUUUUGAAGAGUUUGCUUUUGAAACUUGAAGUCUUGGAAAACAGUGUGAUGCAAUUACUGCUGUUCUAGCCCCCAAAGAGUUUCUGUUCAAAAUCUUAAUCAAUAAAGAUGGAAGGGAGAACUUGGAAUGUUAAACUGCAGCCUUGAGAACUUUACUUUAGUCACAGCACAACAAUUAAAACUCAUUUCACUAUGUGUUGUCUUCACAUGUCUUGUAAUAUAUUGUGUUUUAAAUUAGCAAAACAUAUUUCUUAGUCUCUGAAAGGGUAGGAGUUUUAGUUACAUUGUUUAAAAAAAAAAGUUUACUGGGGAAAGUGCAUUUUCAGCCAAACAGCUUUAGAGUAGAGAAUGAAGUUUGUUGAAAAAAGGAUAGGAAGUUGCUAUAUUAUAAACAAAAAGCAUGUGGAAGUGCACUUAAAAUGAAGUUUUAUUAUUAAUUGCCUAUUACGUUGACAUUUUAAAUAGACAAUCCAAAGUCUUCCCUACAUGUUAUGUCAUCAUCCUUAUUUAAUGAACUGUUGUUCCUUUAUCAAGGCACAUGAUCAGUGUUGCAACAUAAUCAAAAGGGAUGGCUAUUGUACCUUAUAUUUUUCAUCUGACAAUAGACAACAUUGAAAAUGAUUAAAACAAACUUUUAAGGCUUACUUUAUAUUGUUUAGUCCCAACUGUUAAAUAUACUGUUGGAAAGGAAAUACUAAGGUUACUUUCCUCUGCUACAUAAAAUAUACAAUAGGUUUUCAAUUUAAAUCUACAAAUCAUAUCAGAAGUAAAUCCUUUACCUUUCGUAGUCUGUAUAUGUAAUGUUAACUUCUCCUGUUGCAAUAUAAAAUAAAGGGAUUAUGCAUUUUUAACUAAGACGACAUAAUUGGCAUAUCUCCUUUUACUACAAGCAACAGCUGAUGUGCAGAGCUGAGCUUGUGCCUUGACAAUUGCUAUAACUGACUACUACAGAUCAAAUCCAUUUGAUGAUUUGUGUGAAAUUGGCAUUCAAAGGCAUAGUUUUGAAAUCAUUGGAGGGAGAAAAGAUGUCUUUUCAGGAUUAUUUUAAUAAAUUCUUUCUAGUAAUAGAAACAGACAACUGUUAUGUAACUAUAAUGCUGAAUAAAACAGUGACGUUUUUCACCAUG